UUCGUUUCCAAACAUAUCAAAUUUUCAAUAUCGCAGCAAAAGCAAAACAGCGCCGGGUUCUUAAACCUCGACGAAGGCUUCGAGUACCCGUUACCUACUGAUUUUCCCGCCAGGUCUGGAACCCAUCUUCAAAUGCAUAUACUCUUCCCAUUUCAUCACUCAUAUCUGUAUUCCAGCUUCAAAAGUUGCUAUAAAGGCACUAAAUUUCUUUUACCCGUUUCACUGUUACACAGUUCAAAACAAACCCUAGAUUCAAAUUCGAUGCUAGACUUUGUUUUCGAUGAAGUUGAGUCGCUUAAUUCUUCGUCAUCCGUGACCCAAAUAGCCCAAUCAUCGUCCAAAACUAAUAAACUGAUCAAUCAAAGUGAACACACUAAACGAAAUGAAUUAAAUGUUCAGAUUUCACACCCUUGGCCUGAAUGGGUAUAUUUGAUGGAAUUGUUGUUAAAGAGAGGAUAUUUCAAUCCCAAUGAGAAUCCUUUUCUAAAUGGAGAAUUGGGUACCAAGGAAAUGAACUGGAUAAGGACUGCAUGCCUCACUUUUGCAAGGGAUCAGCUUGGACUUAUGAGGUUCUUCUCCAGGAAAGAUAUCCAUGCCAUUGCACGAUGCGGCUGCCCAAGUAUAGAUAGGAAAGUUGUCAAUUCAGGGAAGCGUCUAAGAGCACAUGUAGGCAUUGAUGAAGGAAAUGUUUGCAGCUCCUGCAAGUUCAGGGGAGACUGUGAAAGGGCAUAUGUCAAGGCACGUGAAUAUGAAGGUGGGCGGACAGUAGAUGUCAUGUGUAUUGUAUUGACGUAUGGGCUUGAUUCCCUUUCUGGUAAUUUGGAGAACAGGCCAUUUGACAACAAAAUGGUUAAAGAUUCAGUGAGAGUGCUGCUGAAAGAAAUGGUGGACUAUGGCAGACAGCAACUGGACUCUGAUCUCUCAGAUGGCACACCUUUGAAAAGCGGUGAACCUUUGCAGAUUCACUCUCCAACGAAGCAAGGCGAUUGGUGUUGCCCCAAGUGCAACUUCCUCAAUUUUGCCAGAAAUAUUAGGUGCUUGCAGUGUGAUAGUUUGUUUGAAGAUAGAUUAAAACAACUCCAGGAGGAUCAGCAUCAUCUUCCACUGAAAAAAGGAGACUGGAUCUGUGAAAAAUGCAAUUUCUUGAACUUUGCAAAGAAUACAAGAUGUCUGCCGUCUCCAAAGCGGCAUCUUAAUCCUGGGGAGUGGGAGUGUGAGUCGUGCAACUACAUCAAUUUCAGAAGAAACAUGGUGUGCCUGAAAUGUGACCAUAGACGGCCAAAGGCAUUAAAUGCUCCAAGCAACACAUCCACUCCACUUGAACAUGACAGUGGAGGCUUACCCAACCAUAGGAGAUUGAGAUUUGUUCAUGGCGAUCACAAGGGCGAUGAUGAUAAAUCCAUGCAACUGGAUAGAAUGAAACAAAGAAGAGGUGUAGAUAGGUGGAGAUUUGUGGAGGAAGAAAGAGAAGACAAUCACUUAUGGAAUAAAGACUCCAGUUUUGUAGAUUUCCCAGUUGUGGGAGGUCAGAGUAGUUUGUCUCGAAAUUCACAAAAUGGAGAGAGAUGGAAGCUAGAGAUGUUACAGAAGAGUAGAACUACUGGUAGAACUGGAGAAAGUGAUGAAGAAUCUAGGCGUGCUGAUACCCAAAGAAGAUUUAAGUUCCUUGAAACAACUGAUGAUGAAGAUAUGGCUGAAUGGUUUGGGCAUACAAAAUAGCAUAAGAAAAUGUUGCGAAUGCGCACCUCAAAAAAUUCCAGAAAAGUUGAAGCUAAAUCCGUUUCAUGGAUGUCGAAGUUGUCAUUUGAUUUAUUUAACAUUAUUGUGUUGAAAUUACGGUAGGAAAAAACAUCAUAAUUUAUGAAAGGGUUUGGCCGCCUACUAUUAAUUUUUAAUAUAAAAUUUAUUUUUAAUUUUAAA